AUGUUUUCGAAAAGGUAUGAUCCGAAUACAAAACCAGGCACAUCUGGGGAGUUGAGUGGAAGAAGGUCUGAACUUUUGAAGAAGAUCAAGGCGAGAAAACUCCAAGGUUCAGCAAUUGCGGAGAUUCAGCCAGAUGUAGAAAUGAGAGAUAGUGUGGCACAUGUUGAGGAUUCAAUGGAUGUAAGUGAAGAUGAAAAAGUAUUGAAAAGAAAGCGUGAAAGUAUGGGCUCAGAAUUUGAAGAGGAAUCAGAAUCAGAGGACGAAUCCGAACCAGAGUUGAAUGCAGAAAUUUCGCAAGAUGAAACUGUUGAUAAAGUAGCAGAAGGUGAUGUAAUGGAGAGAGAUGAUAUCCAGAUUGAUACACCACAUGCCUCUAUUAUAUCUAGGUUUCAACAAGUUAUGAAUAAACAACCGAGUUUAGCAGUUGAAGAGGAAGUAGAUGAGAAAGACGAACCAAUUGAAUAUAAAGACGUUGCUCCAUUACCUCAACCUAAACUUCCUAGAGAUAAGCAGCUAUAUUCACAGCUACACAAGAACAAAAGUUUGGAUUGGUUGACAAAGCCAGCAUUUUAUGAUUCGAGCCUAAGUAAACCAUUCAAAGAUUUUGAUCCAGCGUUGAUGGACAUAAUAUUGAGAAAUCUGUACAAUGAGUUUAAGAUUGAGAAUGCCUUUUCUGUCCAGGUCACGCUCAUCGAAGAGUUACUAAAAGACAUCAAACGUGGCAGAUUGGAUCCUACCCCAAGAGGUGAUUAUUUGAUCAAUGCAGCUACUGGUUCUGGUAAAACAUUGUCAUAUUUAAUUCCCAUUGUACAAUAUAUUAUGGGUUACACCCAAAAGCUAAGGAUAAAAGAUUCUGGAAUACAAGCAAUUAUUAUUGUGCCUACAAAGCCUCUAGUCCAACAAGUUUAUUCAGAUGCAUUGAAAUUAACCAAGGGUACAGAUAUAAAUGUAAUGGCAUUGAAAUCAGGCGGCGACUUAAGUAUUCAAGGAGAAAAAUUGAGAAUCGAGUCUAAUCUGACUGAUAUUUUGAUAACUACACCGGGUAGAUUGGUUGAACACUUGGAAGUAAUCAGUAUGAAGUCACUGAGAUUUCUGGUUGUUGAUGAAGCGGACCGGUUAUUGAAUCAAAACUUCCAAGAUUGGUGUGAUCUAGUAAUGAAUAAGAUUGAAAGAAUAAGCAAUGUUGAAAAUGAGGGUUUAGAUGUGACGUUCAAGCUAAGGUGUAUCAAAAUCGUUUUAAGUGCAACCUUAACGACCAACAGUGAGAAAUUAACACAUUUGAGAUUAUUCAAACCAAGAUUAGUUAUUGUCAAUUCAACCAAUAACAAUGAACUAUAUCAAUUACCGAGAACAUUGAAUGAGAAACUUUUGAAUGUAUCUGAAAAGCUGUCAUAUUUCAAGCCGCUGAUAUUACUUAGAUUAUUCGAGUGGAUCGAUAAGGAGAAAUUCAGAUAUGAUAACUUUGGGCUAAUAUUCACCAAAAGUAAUGAAUCAACGAUUCGGUUAAGUAAAUUGCUCAAUUUACUAGUAAUGAAGUUAAGACUUAAACUAAGGAUUGGCAAUAUCAAUUCGAUGAUGGAUAACCUGGAGAGGAUGAAGAUACUGAAGAAUUUCGAUGAAAACGGUGGUAUUUUGAUUUGUACGGAUUUAUUGAGUAGAGGUAUAAACUUGACCUCUAUAAAGUUUGUUAUCAACUACGAUUUGCCAGGAUCCACAAAGGAGUAUAUCCACCGGAUAGGUAGAACAGCUAGGGCUGGGAAUUUGGGAAAUGCAAUCACAAUGUGUUUUGGAGAAGGUGAGUUUAAAUGGUUCAAAAGGAUCGUUUAUUCUGGCCAACAAAUCAACAGAAACGGGAAGCCCAUCACCGACAUCAAGUUCAAUAAGGAGCACGACGAGGAGCUUUGGGGCAAGGACGAAGUGGAUGAGUUUGUUCUAACUAUUGGCGAGAUGGAUAAACAAAUCUAUCAAGAGUGUCUAAGAGAUUUAUAG